GGUAGUUGUGGCAAAUGAAUAUACUAUUGAAGCAUUUUCUUGCACGGCAGCCGUUGGUUUAAACCUACUCAUUUGGCUUAUUGAUAUGUGGAUUCGUAAAUUUCCCUUCAAACCUUCAAUUCUGACAUUAUUUUAAGUUGCUGUAUUAGCAAGAAGUCUUCUGUGUAAUAUUUCGUGAAAUAUCUAACCAGAGAAUCAUUAUCAGAAUGGACGACGACAUUGCCUCCCUUAUAAUAGACAACGGCUCGGGAAUGACCCAAGCCGGGUUCGGCGGAGAUGACUUCCCAAGGGCCGUGUUUCCCUCCAUUGUGGGGAGACCUAGACGUCGCAGCCGAACAACAGACAAAUGGGAAGGCAUCUUCAUCGGCAGCGACAUUCUAGCCAAGAGAGCUGACCUGACCCUGGAUUAUCCCAUCGAGCACGGUAUCGUCACUAAUUGGGACGACAUGGUGAAGAUCUGGGAUCACACCUUCGCUAGAGAGCUGCGUGUGGAUCCAGAGGAGCACCCCGUGCUGCUGACUGAGGCCCCCUUGAACCCCAAGGCCAACAGGGAAAAGGCAACAGAGAUAAUGUUUGAGAAAUUCCACGCCCCUGCCUUGUAUGUGGCCAACCAGGCGGUGCUUUCGCUCUACUCCUUGGAGUCCGAGCGCUCCCUCACCGGUACCGUCUUGCAGUCCGGUGAGGGAGUGACGUACUCCGUGCCCGUCUACGAGGGCAGCGCCCUGUCUCACGCCAUCCUCCGUCUCGACAUGGCCGGUCGUGACUUGACUGACUACCUGAUGAAGCUGCUGACUGAGCAGGGCUACACUUUCACUACGCCUGAUGAUCGUGAAGCUGUCCGAGACAUCAAAGAGACGCUCUGCUACGUUGCCCGUGACUUCGACGAUACGGUAAAGAAAGCAGCCGCAGGCUCCUCCCUGGAGAGGAGCUACAAGCUCCCUGACGGACAGCUCAUCACCCUCAGCGAUGCACGCAUCCGUGUCCCGGAAGCCCUCUUCAAGCCAUCUUUCCUUGGAACGCAAGGCCCCGGGAUCCACGAAAUGACGAACGACAGCAUCCAGAAGUGCGACGAGGAAAUCCGGAGUGAUCUGUACGCCAACGUCGUUCUGGCGGGUGGCUCCACCAUGUUCCCUGGCAUUGCUGACCGAAUGCAGAAGGAGGUGACGGCCCUGGCCCCGCCCACCAUGAAGAUCAAGAUCAUCGCUCCCCCAGAGAGGAAGUACUCCGCGUGGAUCGGUGGCUCCAUCCUUGCCUCUCUGUCCACCUUCCCGAAGAUGUGGACGAGCAAGCAGGAGUACGAAGAGUAUGGCCCAAGCAUCAUGCAGCGCAAGUAAAGUGCCUUUACAAGAAAAGAGCAAGACCAAUUUCCAUUUAGUUUUCGGAGAGCGGAGAUCUUUAAAUUAAUACGUUAAGAACAUUGUUGUAAGGUAUAAUAUUAGGGAGUUAAAUAAUAUGCUAUACAGAUUGAUUGACGGUAUAAUUGGAUUUGAAUAACGGUUUGCAGCACACAAAGUAAUACUCUUAAAUAUUUGUUUACUUUCACUAGAAAUCAUUCUUUUUUGACAGGGCAUUUAGUUUACGGUUAAUGAAUAUCGUCGUCAAAAUAAUUAUUUCUCGUGAGCUGUUGACUUAAAAACUUACAGUGAAUGGAUAUUUGGUCAGAAGACAGUCGGUGGAACUAUGUUGUUUUAAGAGUGAAACAAACACGAAGGAAUUGCUUCCGAACCUCUUUAGGCGAUUUUGGUUUGGUUUGGUUUGUUUUGUUUUUUGGGGGGUCGUUUUAAAAAAGAUAG